GUCUCCUAGCAACUCCCAAAUAAACUUCGAAAAAGCUCGUCGGUGUCGCUGUCGAGGAUUUAUCAGACCAGACGGGACAUUUAACGCGUUAUAAAGCGCUUUAGUUUUAUAUACGACGAUUAUUUGAUGCAUACGUUUGUUUGUUAAUUGUAAAGCGGAACCCGAGAUCUGGAGUCCAGAGAUCCAGCCGGACGCGUUCAGAGCAGAAUAAACUGUGUAUGGUGUGGAUUCAUUUCAAUUAAAACCGCAGGAUUAUGUUCAAAAACACGUUUCAGAGCGGCUUUCUGUCCAUCCUCUACAGCAUCGGCAGCAAACCCCUGCAGAUAUGGGACAAAAAGGUCAGAAACGGACACAUAAAGCGCAUCACAGACAAUGACAUCCAGUCUUUGGUUCUGGAGGUGGAGGGGACGAAUGUGAGCACCACCUACAUCACGUGUCCUGCUGACCCCAAGAAAACCCUCGGUAUCAAACUGCCCUUCCUCGUCAUGAUCAUCAAGAACCUCAAGAAGUAUUUCACAUUCGAAGUUCAGGUACUGGACGAUAAGAACGUGCGGCGGAGGUUCAGAGCCAGUAACUAUCAGAGCACGACCCGCGUCAAGCCCUUCAUCUGCACGAUGCCCAUGCGGCUGGACGACGGCUGGAAUCAGAUCCAGUUUAACCUGUCAGAUUUCACACGCCGGGCGUACGGCACCAACUACAUCGAGACGCUGAGAGUGCAGAUUCACGCAAACUGUCGCAUCAGGAGGGUGUAUUUCUCUGACCGGCUGUACUCUGAGGACGAGCUCCCCGCUGAAUUUAAACUCUAUUUACCAGUACAAAACAAAGCAAAGCAGUGACACAGCAGUUUUAUCUGCACACGUUCAUAUUGGAUGGAUUUCUAGUGGCACUAUCUUUUUGUUGUUUUUCAAGUGUUGUUUUGGAUCUGUGUGAUUGGUUUCCAUCUGCUGAAUAAAUAUUUUAUAUGCACAAAGUGAA